CAAAAACCCCUAAAACCCCAAAAAAGAAGAAGCAAUUUCUUUGAUUUCUCCUAGAAAAUCAAGACGAUGAAAGAAGACGACGGCACCGGACCUCCGAACAGAGAACUGUACGCACUAUUACAUCUAUCACCGGAAGCCUCCGAUGAAGAAAUCCGUAGAGCUUAUCGUCAAUGGGCUCAAGUUUACCAUCCUGACAAAUACCAAGCUCCUCAUAUGAAGGAAAUUGCUACAGAGAAUUUCCAAAGAAUCUGUGAAGCAUACGAAAUCUUAUCUGAUGAAAACAAGAGACAAAUAUACGAUAUUUAUGGUAUGGAAGGAUUGAAUUCUGGAUUAGAACUUGGCCCAAAGUUGAAUAAAGUAGAAGAGAUUAAAGAACAGCUUGAGAAGCUAAAAAGGAUGAAGGAACAACAAAAGAUGUCGGCUCUUUUUCUACCCAAGGGUUCAAUAGUUGCCAAUUUGUCAUUGCCUGGGUUUCUAGAUGGUGAUGGUAUUAUGAGAGGAAUGGCUAUGGCUAGUGCAGUUCAAUCUCAAUUAUCGAAAAGUAGUGCUCUUUCAUUAAGUGGAAAUUUGGGAGUCGAAGAGAAUUCCGGUGCUGGAGCUGCUUCGGCUGUGUUUAGGCAUCAGAUUGCUUCUGAUUCUACUAUCGAGUUUAUGGGAUCGGUUGGUUUAGGUAGUCUAAUAGGGGUGCAAAUGACACGUCAGUUAUCUUUACACUCAACUGCGACACUGGGUAUUGCUAAGUCUUUUCAUGAUGGCUCGAUUAAUCUUUCCAAUGUAUGGACUCGUCAACUUUCCGAUACAGCAAGUGGAAAUAUAGAGCUUUUACUUGGUCCACAGUCAUCUAUUGGGGUUGGAUGGCAAAAGAAAGACCAAAAUACGUCUGCUGCUGGAGAAGUGAAGUUUGGCACAAAUUCUUUUGGCAUAUCAGCUCGUUAUACUCGUCGUUUUUCCUCAAAAUCUCAUGGUCGUAUUGCAGGCAGAAUUGGAAGCGCCGCUCUUGAGGUUGAAGUUGGUGGUGGGAGGAAAGUGUCUGAUUUUAGCACUGUUCGCAUGUUGUAUACAAUUGGAAUUCGGGGUAUCUUUUGGAGAUUUGAGCUGCACCGUGGAGGCCAAAAGUUACUUAUUCCUAUUUUGCUUUCCAGGGAUUUGAAUCCUGUUUUAGCUACUGGGGCAUUUGUAGUUCCAACAUCAAUUUACUUUAUACUGAAGAAAUUUGUGUUUAAACCGUAUUACCUUAAGAGGGAAAAGCAGAAGGCAUUAGAGAAUAUGGAAAGGACUGCAACCCAGGUUGAAGAGGCAAGGAAAGCAGCUGCAAAAGCUCAGCAGUUGUUAGAGAAUGUAGCCAACAGGAAAAGAAAUAAGCAACAAGAAACAGGUGGACUCGUUAUUACCAAAGCAAUUUACGGAAAUCAUAAAGCUUUAAAGAAAGGAGAUGAGCUGAGAGAAACAAACGAUGAGUUAGCCUCACAAGUGUUGGAUGUAACAGUACCUCUUAACUUCCUUGUUAAUGAUUCAGGGCAACUUAAGCUUCAUGAUGGUGUAAAGAAGUCAGGUAUCAUGGGCUUCUGUGAUCCUUGCCCCGGAGAACCUAAGCAAUUGCACGUGGAGUACACUUAUCACGGCGAAAGAUACGAGGUUGCUGUUGAUGAUUAUGAGGAGUUGAUAAUACCCCAGAUAGCACACAGAGUCUGAUUUCACUUCUUUUUUUGUUUUUGAACUUUGAAACCUAUACUGGUUUACCUCCUUACAAAUUUUUGCUUGCAAUGCUUGACAUGGAGGUACCAAAAUUUUCAAUUUAUAUUACAUUGUAUCAUUGAUAAUAAGACUGGUUAUUUGAUGUAAUUUUCUGCUUGUUCAAUAAAAUUCCUUUCAUAUUUUAUCUUAAAA